CAUAAAGUAGAGAAAUGAAAACCUCAUUAACACAUUCAUAAACAUUUAGCCGCUUUACUGACACAAAAAAAACUGUUGGUCCGGGACACUGGAAUAGUCGGGAGUUUAUACCGGCCCAUUCCUUUAUUUCACACAACAUGGCAACCAUGACUUCAGAAAGGCAAACUCUUCUGCCAAUCACAGAGCCCGAAUCAUCAGCUACACUGGGCGUUCUUUGGUUCACAGCCUCGGGUGUCCCCUAUGGAGUGGCUAGUGUCGACAUAAUAAAGUUAAAUUGGUUUUAGACCACUGAAUGACAUGAGAGAAUAAGCUUUUAUUGUUACAUUUCACAUCUUAAAUACUAUCAGACAGUGCCUAGAACUCUCUUUCUACCAAGAAUAAGUCACGUAGCUUUAUAAAACGUGAACAGUAGCAUAAACGUGCAGCGCAGCAGUACAAAUCAAACAGCCCCUUGGCAGCCGGUAACUUCUUUUGGGCCAAUCAGUGAGGAGCAUUGAUGGAAGUGACAGGCUCCCGCCAAUUCCGACUCGGGAGCGCGAGGCAGGCAGCAGGGUAAACCAGGGGAGCAUGUAGGAGCUGUAGGAAGGAGUAUGUAUUAUGUUUUAUGUGAAAUAAAUUAGCUAUACAUGUCGUUCGAAUAGCAGCACAAUAUUGGUUUGCUACCACGGUGUAUUUUCGGGUGUUAACGUGAACCUUGAGGGUAUUUUGAAGUCACUUUGUCGGAGAACACAGCUAACGACAGAAGCACCGGGUUAGUGGUUGGGAUGUUGGCGGCUGAAAACCCAUCGGUGGAAGGACAUUUGGCAGCAUCGACUCCUCGUAGAAGAGGCAUGGAUUGUAAGUCAAGUAACAAUGCCAGCAAGAAACUUGUACAAGCCCGUCUUCCUUUCAAGCGCCUGAACCCUGAACCUAAAGAGAACCAGCCACCUAAGCGCCCCUGUGCCCAUUCCUGCCCUGAACCUGAAGUCUCAGACAGGGAGAAUGAGAAUGCAUCCUCUCCUCUUUCUGUGCGCAGUGGCCCACCUUUGGUUAAUGGUCGUGGGCCACUUGAUGGCUUCAUAAGCCGUAGACGCGCCACAACUUCAGAUGAGAACAUGAUUAUAGAUCUGACUGAGGACAACACAUCAUCUCCUUUAAAGCCCCUUGCCUCAUCUGUUUCAGCCUCUCCCUGUGUCCCAGCAAAAGAUAAGCAUCACUGCAAAGACACAACGGCUUCGCCUCAGAAGUCCUGCAGUGCUAAUGGCGCUCCUAAAAUGCAAACAUUAGACUCUGUUGUAAUCAACAAUGAUGAUGAUAAAGAGGAGGAGGAGGAGGAAGAAGAAGAAGAGGAGGAGGAGGAGGAGGAAAAGAACAACACCGCAUCCAUCUCUCAGCUUGACACAACACAGGAUUCUGACACUGAAGCAGAGGAGCUGAAUGAGUCAGGAAAUGUUUCUAGUUUGGGAAACCGGUCCAUGCAGUCAGUUUCAUCAGUCACCUCUCCGUCUGAAAGCUCGCCAGAAAAGUCCAAGACGGAUGACCCUACACCCGCUACUACACCUACAGAGUCAAAGACCACCCCCAAGAUACCAGCAGAUCAAAAAAAGGUCAAAAGACGCUCAUUGAAGAGUUUACAGGAACAAGACGAGAGACUCCGGCUGCGACAGGAGAAGGAACGGCAGAAGGAAGAGGCCAAAGCUGCAAAAGAGAAAAAGAAGGAAGAAGCUCGGAAACUAAAGGAGGAACGAGAAAGGGAAAAACGGGAGAAAAAGGAGAAGGAUGAACGAGAAAAACGGGAGAAAAAAGAGAAGGAGGAGAGGGAAAAGGCAGAGAGGCUAAAAGCAAAAGAGGAGCUGCGGAAAUCCAAAAUGGAGGCCAAGCUGGAAGAAAAACGAAAGAAAGAGGAAGAGAAGCGAAUGAAAGAGGAGGAGAAACGGUUGAAAGAAGAAAAGGAUCGCCUCAAAGCUGAGAAAGCAGAAAUUACGCGGUUUCUACAAAAAUCGAAGAUCCAGCAGGCUCCAAAGACACUUGCAGCUGCGUGCGGGAAAUUUGCUCCAUUUGAGAUCAAAGAAAACAUGGCUCUGGCACCACUGUGCCGGGUUCAGUGUGAAGAGUCUGCUCUGGAGGAACUGGACCGAUGUUUGUUGAAUCCUGCUGAUAACCUGAAUGGACUGAAAGAUUGGAUUGGGCAAAAACCCAGACAGUCAGGACCCACAAAACCCAGACAGACCAACUCACUCAGGGAUUGUAUAGCAGUGGAAGGGCCAAAACCAGAUAGUGUGCCGGACCGUAAACGUUAUGGGCCCAUGAAGCUUCUGCAGUUUCGUGAGAAUUACCGUCCAGCCUACUGGGGCACAUGGAGCAAGAACAGUUCACACAUCUCACCUCGCCGCCCCUUUAGACAAGACAAGGGUUUACUUGACUAUGAGGUGGACAGUGAUGAAGAAUGGGAGGAAGAAGAGCCAGGAGAGUCCCUGUCUCAUAGUGAAGGGGAAGAUGAGGAAGAGGGAGGAGAAGAUGAUGACGAUGACGAUGAUGGAUUCUUUGUUCCUCAUGGCUACCUUUCAGAAGAUGAAGGGGCACUGGAAGAAGAGGAUGGUGGUGACCUGGAAAAGCAGAAACUCCGUCAGAAACUGAAAGCAAGGGAGUGGGAUGAGCUUAUGUCCAGCAAGAAGAAGAUGAAGGUCCUGGAGCCGAUGGUGAGGGGCUGCAUCUGGGAGGGAGAAGCACCUGGCUUUGAACUUUUACAGUCAUAUGUUGUGUGCUUGGUGGAGCCUUUACCCAAAGCAGACAACAGUCCCAGCCCAGAGGAGAUGUCACUGAAGUCUCAGAGAGAAGAAAAAUUACUCGGUAAGCUCCUGCCUCUUCUGCAUGGCAAUCUCAACAGUAGCAAAGUGAUCAUCAAUGAGUUUCGGGAGUUUUGUCGCCAGGAGAUCACCUCCUCAUCUCCUCCUGUUCUGUCCAGCCCUCAGAACCCAGCAGAAAAUAUUCCCAGCAGGAUGCAGCUGCGACGCCUCAUCAAGAACAAUGCUAUUUAUGAAAAGCGUUCAGCCCACAGGCGAUGCUGCUGGUAUGUGCACCAAGAGGUUCUGUCCCGUUUUGGUCAGGAGGCUCUUCCAGUGCCCUGCCAAUGGACCUACCUCACCACGGGAGCUCGAGAAGAACCCCGUGAAGAACCCCAGGCAGCCACAGGCUCUCAGGGAAACUCUCCCACAACUCCCCAGAGCUGCUCCACCACCCCUUCAUCCUCUAACAAAAGGAAGAGCACAGGCAGCAUGUCAAUCACCAAGUUUAUGAAGAGAUGUAAUGAUCCUGAGCAGACGGAAGCAAUGGAGGCUGACGGUUUUCAAGCUGACACUGAGGAUGAUGAUGAAGAUGACUGUGUAAUUAUUUCUACCCAAAGUGGCCCUACAAAACAGACAUCCAGUGAGGGAGAUGGUACAAUGGAAACAACCCCCUCUGACACUGCUGCUCUCCCCACUGCAAGCUCUGCGUCUGCCCUCGACACUGUCUGAGUGCAGGACAGGCAGUCUUCACCCAGUCAGACUACCCCUUUUCUGCCUAGAAAUUCCUGCUUGCUGGAUCUGAACUCCACGGUGUGCCAGACAGAAUCAAGUCUUCAAGUAAGAUGAAGCACCUAAGAUACGGGUAACUCGUAGCAGGUAAACUCUGCUCAGGAUUGAGUUCCCUCUCAACUAAUUCAGUUCAGUCAGCAGCCAUCGGGCCGAUAGCAGCUAUCCCUAAUAUUGGUGACUGGUUUGAAUAAGGACAGGCUUGACCAGUAUUCCAGUAUUCAUUGAUUAUAUCUGAUAUUUGUGUUUAACGUGGGCCCAUAGAGGGGAAGGUGAAUUUCUCCGGCACUGCUUUAGCUGCUGCUGCAGAUUUGGGUUAAACAGGGAGAAAAGCAGAACACAAAUGGCCUUUUUCUUUUUUUUUUUUUUUCUUCCCCUCCACGAGAAGCAUCCAAGACAUCGAGAACAUUAUUUACGGUUUUUGAAAUGUUCAAUUCAUCAAGUUGUGGAUGUGAUAUUUUCUAAUGUAUAUAGGUUACCAAAAUGAGAAGCUUAAAGUCCAUCUGUACAUUUUCUUCUGAUUUCCAUGGGUUCAUUUAUUCUGCAACUUCUAAACCUGACAAACUCACUGGAGUAGUUGCUAGAUCUGUACUUGUACAGUUAGGUUCAGUGCCACAGUGUUUUAUAAAUAUGUAUUUUCUUUAUUUUUCAAGAAUACUUGAACAGGAUAAAUCCAUUAAACAUGAAUAAAAGUA